AUGGAUUUCAAAUUAUGGAGGUGUUUCUUUUUGGUUUUUAUCGUCGUACUACGAACUGCGAGCGCUCGAUUUCCUGAAACUGAAAGGACGCAUAACAAACGAUCAUAUAACGUUGUUGGGGAGGCUUGGAGUUUACACGACGAUGUUACUCUUCAAGACGCAAACGAGCAACACAGGUUCACAAGAAGUUUACAAAUGAUGAUAUCACAGCAUUUCAGCGAGACUACAGUUAUGCCUGGAGUAGAUGUUAGUCUGCAGUGCACUUUGAAUGGACCGCAUCCUGGGAGAUUUGUGUGGGAGAGAGAUGGUAUUGUUAUUUCUUCUAAUACUGACUCCAGAUACGUAAUUGGCCAAACCAUGGCGCCAGAUAGUGGAGUGGUGACGCAACUAAACAUAUCACAUUUGAGGGUCGAUGAUGGUGGAUUGUUCUCGUGCGUGGCACACCACGGAGACAACGUGGUGGCUCACAGUGACCGGCUUAAUGUGUAUGGCCCGCCAUAUAUCCGCACGCUGCCGCCUUUCAAAGUGCAGAGUGGACAGAGUGUCACACUGAAGUGCCCCUACUACGGAUAUCCAGUGAGGGAAAUAACUUGGGAAUAUAAAGGAAAAGAAAUAAACACGGAUACAGCUCAAAACAAUCGAUACAAGAGAUCUUCGAACAAAACGGCAAGUAUCGAAAUAUUUGGCCGAAAACCGAAAUUAAGAGAGAAAAGAGACGUACCAUUGGUUUCAAACGAUGGCGUGUUGAACAUCGCAAAAGUGUCGAAAAGUGAUAAUGGGGCUGCUUAUUCAUGUAUUGUAAGAAGUCCGUCAGGUGAGAUGGCGAAACGAUCGUUCGAGUUACACGUAGUAGAGGCUCCUCAGUUGGAAGAAAUAUUGUUGCCGACGGAUUUACAAGAGGGACAAAUAGUUCAGAUACAUUGUAAUCUAAAGAGUGGAGAUUCGCCAGUUUAUUAUUCUUGGCUGAAAGAUGGCAAGAAAAUUCCUACGCAUUUGAAGAUCGCAGAGAGAAGUCUGGAAGUGUUCAGUGUUCUCAUCAUCAAGAACGUAUCCUUAGACCAUUGUGGAACCUACACCUGUGUCGCAGCCAACCAUGUUGCGAAAGUGAAUAGAACUGUAAACCUGUACAUAAAAGUUGCACCGAAAUGGAAUGAAGAACCGCAGAACUCAUCCCUUCUGCUGGGCAGAAGUGGUCACAUAUCUUGCAGUGCCAAUGGAUACCCACAGCCUCAAACACAUUGGCUCAAGAAAGACAUUGUAUCAGAAACUUGGAGACCAGUUUUAGAAGUGGCUGGUGGGGGAGUGCUGAGCCUGUCCAAUGGAUCCCUGAUCUUCGACUCAGUAGCGUUGUCUGAUGCUGGGCUGUAUACGUGCCACGUUGAGAAUGGUGUCGGCGAAGCGCUCAGUAAAACUGUUUGGAUCUCAGUAAAUAAACCAGUAACAUUUGAUGUACUAUCAAGAAACAUGACUGCUAAACUAGGACAGCAGGUCACAAUAGAGUGUCAUGCGAAAGGAGAUGAUCCAAUCAGAAUCAUGUGGACGAGGAAUGGGAAGCCUAUCAAUCCACUUACACAGAGAGUAAAAAUAUCCGAAGCUAAAUCAGAAGAUGGCAUGACCAGCAUACUUGAGUUGCUGCAGACAGAAACAAGUGACGGUGCCCUGUACCAGUGUAGGGCGGGCAAUCCGUUCGGAGCUGACGUGUUUAGUGUGCACCUAACUAUAUUAGAACCGCCAGCACCACCAACAGACCUAUCAGUGGACUCCAUAAGAAGUAGAUCAGUGAAAUUAUCCUGGAGAGACAUGACUAGGUCGCUGGCACAGUUCUACAGCCUGCAGAUCAGCAGCAGUCAGAGACUAUCCUGGAAUAACGCUAAAGUUAUCAAUAUUACGAGGUUAGAAGAAUUACGUCACAGCAUAGAAGUAGAAGAUCUCCUUCCAGCUACAAGUUACACUGCAAGAGUGGCAGGAGGCAAUCAAGCAGAUCUCAGUCACUUCUCUACUCCAGUCAGAUUUACUACUACUGAAGAAGCACCAUCGUCACCACCUCUUGGAGUCCAACUAGAGCAGACAGAAUCCCCCGGAGAGCUCCGAGUAAGAUGGCUUCCACCACCAGCAGACACACACAAUGGACUCAUCAUAGGGUACAGAUUGAAAGCUGUUCCUCAAUUGACUGGAGUUAAAGAAACAGAAGAGACAAGUGACAAGACAAUAAAAACUACAUCUUUAUAUGCGAAACAAGAGACAGUCGUUACUGGGCUACUGAAAGGUGUUAGGUACGCGGUAUCCGUGGCCGCGUUUACCAGUGCAGGAUCCGGACCUUUCUCAAUUCCACUGUUUCAAGACACGCGAGAAGGUGCUCCAGAAGAAGGCCCAUCGUCAGUAGAAUGCGGAGGAGUGACGUCAACAGCUCUGCGCGUGAGUUGGCAGCCGAUACCGCCCCACAAGCAAGCGGGCGCGCUGAUUGGCUACACUGUGUUAUACGCGGCGCAGGGUCGACAAUGGAUGAACUCUACAUCGCUUGUGACGGAACUUCGGCUGCAGGGACUCUACAAAUUCACUAACUAUACGGUCAAAGUGGCUGGGUUCUCUAACUAUGGACUUGGGCCUUUCUCCUUUCCAAUUAUCUGCUCUACGUUGCAAGAUGUGCCCGAAGCUCCAGCGGAGAUCAAACUCUUAGCGCAAUCAUCGACCACACUACUGGUUAGUUGGAAGCGGCCCAGACAACCCAAUGGAAGACUGCUACAUUAUACUGUAUACUGCAAGCCUACUGCUAGCAACGACGGCCCACAAGCCAUUAGAGUGGACGUCCAGAGCAUAAUAGAAGCCUAUGAGAAGUCCCAGACUUUGGAACUAAAAGGCCUUAUGGAAGGACGUCAGUAUGAUGUUUGGGUGACUGCUAGUACUGCAGUGGGAGAAGGACCAGAGAGCCGAAGGGUUACCAAUACUCCUUCGCAAAGAGUGGUAGCAGGAGUCGCGUCCCUCGGCGGAGAGAUCACAGUAGCAGUAAGGAACUCCUUGCUACUUGAAUGCCGGAGUGUCGGCUCCCCGCCUCCAAGGACCGUUUGGUAUCACAACCAGAAUAUCAUCACACAUCACCCACGAUUCACAAGGAAUAGAGAUGACAGUUUGCUGAUUAAGAGCAUAGACCAAUCCUUAAGCGGGAAUUACACGUGCUUAGCCAAAAACCUGUACGGUUCUGAUUCAGUGGUGUUCACGGUUAAAGUAUUGCCCUUACCUGACCCACCCACGUUGAGAGCUACGCCUUAUAAAGACUAUAUUAUGGUGGAGUGGGAUGAAAUCAGAUCAUAUGGCAACGAUUCUAUGGGAUUUGGAAUAAGUUACAACCUCACAUGGAGAGAGAAUGACGGUCUCUGGCAAGAAGCAUGGCCAGUGUCCAGAGAGAACCGUCUACCUGGAGUACAGACUCAUACAUUAGCUGGCCUAAAAUGUGGAACUAAAUAUUCAAUAAGAGUAACUGCUACUGACAGUGUUGGGACUUCUGCACCAGCUCAUAUUGAUGUCACGACUUUGGGUGGAGCACCAGUAUCCCCACCAUCAACCGACUGGCUCUGGAGCAACGCCACUCAUAUCUACAUUCAGCUCAGCGGUUGGGACGACAGUGGCUGUGACGUCACACGAUGGGAAGUAGACUAUAGACUCCUAGGAUCCAACAUCUGGCAACGAGCUGAGAAUAAAGCUCCCAUGGACCUAAACCUCGGUUGGAGUUACAUCGAGGGCCACUAUCAGGCCCCACCACUACGCUCCAUACCGACGUCAUACGCAGUCGGAUCUCUCGCUCCCGCGCACUGGUAUCAGCUAAGAGUGACUGCGAUAAACGACGCUGGCUCAGCUUCUACCGUUUAUACUUAUGCCACCAAGACUUUGGAUGGAGAGGAAAUCGGUCCACCAUCAGAUCUGGUCGACUUGAACAUGCUGGUUAUCAUCUGCAGCUCCAUACUUCUCGUUAUAUGUCUUAUGGCAUUCUUCUGUAUACUGUUCAGAAGGCAUCGACAAAACUACACGUCGCAGUAUCGUCACUCCAUCGCCGACGAAGUCAAGUCCCGGAAUGAGAGCGUAGCGUCUCAGUCGGAACACAAGGAGCGGUACGCGCAUGCACCAAGAAUAUACACAUCACCAGUACAUAAUAGGAAAUCUAGCAAAAAUGAAAUGUUCGAGAUAAGCCCAUAUGCGGAAUUCGCCCUGGGCUUUAGAACUUUUGACCACGUGGAAAAUCAAGACCUGCCUAGCAGAUUACCUAGUAGACCUAGAUUUGAUACAGAAACGAGUUUCCAGAAUCGUUCGGAGUCUGAUGACAGUGACAGUACAUCAAAAGCUACAGUCACUGCGGUACCAAGACGUCACUGUCGAACGCCACAUCACAGAUAA